AUGCAGCGCCGUGGGCUGCUCCGGGCGCUGUCUCUGGUGGCAAACGCGCGCUCGCAGCCCACGGCCGGGGCUGGCCGUGUGCUGGGAUGGCAGCAGCACCAGCUUGUGCCCGGCACUGGGCUGGGGCUGGGGCCACUGCUGCGGCGCCGCUUCCUCUCCAGCGCUUUCCAAGGCGAGGCCCGGGACAUCCCUCGGGACCCUGCGCGGCAG